AUGGGUAUUCCGCGAAAUUCGUUUGAAAUCCAUAAGAAUUCCGGUUUAAAACCUCCAGCUUGGUACCAAAUUUCAGAGCUUCAAAAAAUAUUCCAGAUUCACGCUAAAGAAAAGCUCCCAGUGAUGCUGUGGAUACACGGAGGCUCUCUGCGGGACGGAUCCGCCCGGCAAUGGGGUAUCGGCGGGGUGGUGAGGAAUCUGGUCACCCGAGGGGUGGUCGUCGUGAUCAUACAGUAUCGACUCGGUACUCUCGGUUUUUUCACCACCAUGAACGACGAAUUUCCACCGAAUUUGGGUAUGCUCGACCAAGUUGAGGCCAUCAAAUUCGUCGUGGCGCACAUCCACCACUUCGGUGGCGACCCGAAACGUUUGACUCUGUUCGGUCAAUCCGCCGGUGCUGCCUCAGUCUCAGCGCACACCUACUCACCUCUAAGUCAACAUCUCUUUCAAAAUGCUAUCCUCGAAUCCGGUACCAUCAUGACAUGCUUGAAUGGUGUAUUCGGUAAAAGUAAAAACAGUCAGCACAUAGCUAAAAUUGUCUGCAAUAUCACUGACUGGCCGCCGAGCGCCUUAAAAACCUGUUUACAGACCGAUUUGCUGGGCUGGAAGAUGAGUGUCGACGGGUAUUUUCUGCCGGGAACACCAGAGCAACUGCACUCGAAACGACCGAAUAUUCCCAUCAUUUUGGGAACGUGCAAGGACGAAUGGUCAUUCUGGGGUGAGUUCAAUACAAUUUCUCUUCGGUCAAGUCAAAUUUCGGGCAAAAAAUCUACCUAUUCAGCUUUAAUUCGAAGAAGGAAACUGCCUCUGAUAGGAUUAAAUGAAACUGAAUUACCGGAAUUGAUACACACCUCAAAUAGGAUCACUAUAACCAGCCAGCCUCAAGCCACUGGAUCAAUCACUGGUUUCACGAGUUUUAUAGCGACUGAAGCUAACUGGUAUCUGGAGAAUAAUAACUCAAACGUUUACAUGUACGAGUUUGAGUACGUAUCUGCAGUGGGUCGUAUAUUUAAAGUGCCCGGAUGGAACCGUGAGUUACUUACUUACUUACUUACUUACUUACUCGAUUGA